AUGGCGGAGUCGAAGGCCUCUGGCAGUGGCGAGGCGCUCAGUGCACCUCCGCGAGCGGGACGGACAGGUCAGACCUCUCAGAGAUCCACGACUCCUCCUCUUCACGAAGUGGUCAACUUCUGGAAAGUAGUUGAGCAGCAGCUGCACCGACGACCCCUUCGUGAACUCGCUGCCCAGAAGGACCCCCGAGGAGUAGUCCUUAGGGCCUGCUCGCCCCAUGCGCACGAGGCCACCCUCUGCAGCACCACGUCAACCA